AUGUUCAGAAAAGCGGUUGAAAAGCACGACCGAACUCUGCACCAUGUUUGCCAGAAUACGCGUCGGUGGCUUCAAGAUCCGGACAUAGAAAACGCAGAUGGCUGUAUGGCCAGCUUCCACAAUUCAGUUCUGCGGCCGCAAAUAAGAGAAUACGUCAUAAAAGCUUACCCACAAUUAGAUCCGAAAAAGAGUGAAGACAACGAAGAAAUAAAAAAGCUCGUUUCAGAAAGGCUAAAAGGAGAGAAGAAUUUUGGCUGGUACCAUGAUCUAUACAAAAAUGAUGACAAUAUCAGGCUAGCAAUGUGUGAGCAGCAAUAUCACUGCGAAUUCAAUGAGACCGCAUCAUGCUUUGACAUAGAAAAAGCAGAGCUUUAUAAAAAGUUAAAAAGCGAUGUGGUAGAAACGACAUCAGAAAUGAUCACGACAAUAGCGAUGGAAACCGAAGGGGCGAAUGUGAUGGGGGCGAUCCCAAUUGAUACAAUGAGCAUUCAGAACAAAAUAGCAGAGUUCGACAAAAUUGGGUUAUCCCAAUUCGACAAUGCCUUUCUGGUGAUCAUCAUGCAUCAAACGAUUCUCUUCGUUAUUGUCAUUGGGCGCUGGCUACUCCCCACUUCUACGGAUGUGACUCGAGAUGAGCUCUCGCAAAUUCUGUUUGGCUUUAUUGGUGUCGGUGCGGACAUCAUGGAGUUUAUCACCGAGAGUCUGAAAGAGACUGCUGUCAAAUGCUCAGAAGAUGGAUUGCAGACGGUGAUCCUCUUUUUCUGGUGCUUGAGCUUGCUACAAUUUAUUCUCGUCCUGACUAGCGAGGACAAUGGCGGCGAAAAUAAAUCGGCAUGGAUGGCAUUUUGGACGAACCCAGAAGUUUGGAACAUUUGCAUCACCUUAUUUAUUCAAGACGGACCGUUUUUAGCCGUGCGGAUGUACAUUAUUUUUGGACGAAAUGUAGUCAAUCCGGCGUUAUUAUUCUUCACUACGAAGAAUUCAAUAGUGCUCCUCCUCGACACUUACAGAUUGGCUGUCAUCGCUACGAAUCGCCCGGCGCAGUCGUCAAGUGAGGAGAGCAAAGACAACGUCAAGGCUGUGGAGCGAGUGGAGACGACGCCGGAGCCCGACACACUUUCGGGAAAAAUACGCUUCACUGAAUCUAAAAUCGAAAAACUGGAGCAGAAGCUGGAACGACUCCGCGAAGAUCUUAGCCCAGAAGACUCAAAAAAUGAUGUUGUCGAUGGCGAUGUCGAAGAAGAGUGUUUAAGCGUCUCCGAAAAAGCCUGA